AUGGGAAGCAUUGAUCUAAUCGAUCAUUCACCGCAGCAUCCCGUGCCCGCUGCGCCGAUACCGACAGCCUCCAACGUCGUCUUGAUCGACAACUACGACUCUUUCACAUGGAAUGUCUACCAGUAUCUGGUUCUCGAAGGGGCCACCGUUACCGUCUUUCGCAACGAUCAAAUCAAUCUCGACGACCUGAUCGCAGCGAAGCCAACUCAGCUCGUGAUUAGUCCGGGGCCCGGUCACCCUAUCACCGACUCCGGAAUCAGCAAAGACGCCAUCAAACACUUUAGUGGCAAAAUUCCCGUACUUGGAGUGUGCAUGGGCGAGCAGUGCAUCUAUUCGGCGUUUGGAGGCACUGUUGAACAGACUGGAGAGAUCUUGCAUGGAAAGACAUCUCCACUGCGGCACGAUGGCAAGGGUGUGUACGCUGGCCUUUCACAAGAUCUGCCCGUGACCCGAUAUCACUCGCUUGCUGGUACUCAUCCAACUUUGCCGGAUUGUCUUGAGGUGUCGUCCUGGAUAGCUGCUGGACCAGAUGGAGCCAAAGGCGUCAUAAUGGGUGUACGGCACAAGGAACUCCUCGUCGAAGGAGUCCAAUUCCACCCAGAAAGCAUUUUAACAGCCGAAGGAAGGGUCAUGCUGAAAAACUUCCUGCGCAUGCAGGGUGGCACCUGGACAGAGAAUGAGCGCUUGCAAAGACAGCCCAAGGCUCUGGCGCCGAAUGGCGCACCCUCCACAGGAGGCAAGAAACCUUCCAUUCUUGAACGCAUCUAUGCCGAUCGCAAGGUGAAGGUAGCUGCGCAGAAGCAAGUUCCUUCACUACGGUCGGAGGACUUGCAAGCUGCUUAUGACUUGAACCUUUCCCCUCCCUUGAUUUCAUUCCCCGAGCGUCUCAGGCAAUCGCCGUACAAAUUGUCGCUAAUGGCCGAAAUCAAGCGUGCCUCUCCUUCGAAAGGCAUCAUAUCUCUUUCCGCAUGCGCUCCAGCUCAAGCAAGAACGUACGCGUUGGCAGGUGCAAGCGUGAUCUCAGUGCUCACAGAGCCAGAGUGGUUCAAAGGCAGCAUCGAGGAUCUUCGCAGUGUACGACAAGCAUUAGAAGGCAUGCCAAAUCGACCCGCGCUUUUGAGGAAGGAGUUUGUGUUCGACGAGUAUCAGAUCCUAGAGGCUCGUCUUGCUGGCGCCGACACAAUCUUGUUGAUUGUGAAGAUGCUUGAUACCGAGACAUUGACACGGUUGUACAAGUAUUCGCAAUCGCUCGGAAUGGAACCCCUUGUCGAAGUCAACACCAUGGAGGAGAUGGAGAUCGCCGUCAAUCUUGGCUCCAAAGUAAUCGGUGUCAACAAUAGGAACUUGACGACUUUUGACGUGGAUAUGGAGACCACGACUCGUUUAAUGGCGACUGUACCAAAGGAGACAAUACUCUGCGCGCUGAGUGGCAUUGCUGGCCCCAAGGAUGUUGUGCCUUAUCAGCAGAACGGAGUCGGCGCAGUACUCGUAGGAGAGGCACUCAUGCGUGCCCAUGACACCGCCAAGUUCAUUUCUGAGCUUCUAGGUGGCGACGAGCAGGCGGUCAAGGCGAAUAGCCAGCGCAAGCCGCUGGUCAAGAUCUGUGGCACACGAAGUGCCGAAGCGGCGAAGGCUGCGAUCGAUGCAGGCGCCGACCUCAUUGGCAUUAUUCUAGCCACAGGUUUCAAGCGAUGCGUACCCACCGCCACAGCCUUGAAGAUCUCAGAAAUUGUCCACGGCACCGAGAAAACGUCCCCUCGAGUGACGGAUACCUCUCUGGAAGCUGUUGGCAAAGCUUCCAGCUUCUUCGCGCACACUGCCUCUCAUCACAUCCAACACCCAAAUCGAGCUUUACUUGUUGGCGUGUUUCUGAACCAGUCGCUCGACUACAUUCUCGAGCAGCAAAAGCUGCUCAAUCUGGACAUUGUCCAACUUCACGGCUCAGAGCCCCUAGAAUGGGCCUCUCUUAUUCCAGUUCCUGUCGUGAAGUCUUUCAAGCCGGAUGAUGCAGGUCUUGCUUCUAGGGGACUUCACUCUAUGCCAUUACUAGACCCUGGCGCUGGUGCUGGAAAGCAGUUGCACAUGGACCGUGUGAAACAGCUACUAGAAGCUGAUGAAGGUCUGCGAGUGCUUCUUGCUGGCGGGCUGAACCCUGAGAAUGUCAAGCAGGCUGUUGAAGCUCUUGGCAAUGCCAAGGCGCAACUGGCUGGCGUGGAUGUAAGCAGCGGUGUCGAGCAGGAUGGUGAGCAGAACAUUGAUGGAAUCCAAGCCUUUGUCAAGGCCGCGAAAGCUAUUGAUCUCUAG